AUGAUUGAAGAGUGUCCUCUUUUGUGGCCAGCAUUUGGGAUUGAAACGAAAAACUUUGAAGUCGAAUCGGACGGAUGGGACGAGGUCAGAUUGUACUGGCUAACGACUCAUAACGUUCUUAACCAUCAACAGUCAAAUGAACAUAAUAUAUAUGGGUCUGUUGAUGGAAAUUUAUCGCGUUUUAUCACAUAUCCCCUUCAACUUUAUCAAACCAGAAGUACAUGUACUCGACAAGACUGUCCAAAACGUGAACGUACUGCUGGCAGUACUGAACUAACCCUUGGAUGUUGGAAAACUUUUAUUUCAAAUUUUGCACAUGAAACAUCGUCGUCUUGUGGUAAUCUCAUCAAAUUAUUAAAUGAAGUACCAUACAAAGAAGCAGCCCGACUUGUCUAUAAAAAAGAUUCAACAAAAAUUAUGAAUGUUGAUACCAAAAAAAUGGAAGAGUAG